AUGGAAUGUGAAUCUUCAAGUAGUUUGCAGUUGAUAGAAGACAAUGUUGUGACUGAAAUGGCGAAUGUAGUUGGUGUAGACGAGCCUAAGGUUGGGAUGAUGUUCGAAAGUUAUAAACAGUUGCUUGAGUAUUACACGGAUUAUGAUAAACAGUUAAGAUUCCCAGUGAAGAUAAGAUCAUCAACAAAAGGGGAUGAUGGUGAGUUGAAAUACGUGACUAUUGUUUGUUCUCGAUCAGGCAAGUCAAAGUCCACUUCCAAAAAUCCAUUGAAGCCACAUCCAAGUAUAAAAGUAGGUUGUAAGGCUAAGGAUUGCCGACCGAGUGAAAGUGAUGCCAUUGGGCUUGUUGGUGGUCAACCCACGAGUGAAGCGAUUGAUGGUAUGCACCCUGUGCCUUGUUCUAGUUCCAAAGAAAUGGUAGACAUUUCAGAGUUGCCCAUUACGUCUUCAACGUCAACAUCUAAUGGCAAGUACGGAAAAGAGGAAGAUCGUCUAGUUUUGCAAGAGGAAGAUUGUAGUAUUUUGUGUUCACUUUGUGUUACCUGUCCAUCUGACAUGAUUUCUAGUUGUGUUGGAUGGUAA